AUGACUAAAAUAUUUGAGUUUCUAUACGGGUCUUAGGUUUACUAUCCAUAUAGUAGAUCUUGCUCAAUAAGCAAAUAAAUUUUAGCUUUUGUUGGAGUAUCAAACAAUUCAAUUUAAGGUCCAUUCUUUUAAACUAAUUUAUAAGAAAUGUCUAUUCUACCUAAAUUAAAAUACUACUUUGAUUUUGUAAAGGCAUCUUCUAAAAACCAAUAAAUUUAUAAUUUAGCUCCAGAAUAUUAAACCUGCUAUUCAGCUAAUUCUGUGGAUUCGAUUAAUUGGCCUUACUAUUAAUUUAAAUGCAAAGGAUAGUUUAUUUCAGAUUAUUCAAUUAAUUUUUAAGAAGAGAGUGGAAUUAUAAUAUCUUUUGAUUUCUUAGUAACCACCCAUGACACUAACUAUUAUAAUGGUAUUCUUUCUAUAAUAAACUAAGAUGUUAUUUCUCCAUAAGUUAUAGUUUUAUAUGUCUUUAGAUAUGAUUAAGGUAGAAUAUAUGAUUUAAUUGUCGAUAAAAACUAUGGUAGACAUGAUAGCCCAUAACAGGCUAUUGUAUAAAAUGUAUAGCAUCGUAUAACUAUCAUUUUUAAAUUAAAUUUUGGAAGCUUUUUUUAAUAAUGUAAUGGAUGUAAUAUCUAUAUAAAUAAUUUAGACUGCUUUUCAUGUUAAGACUCAAAUGACUAUUUAAAAUUAGACUAAAUAUACACUUGUUAGCCUUCUUGUAUUUAUCCAUACAUAAGUUCAUCAUCAAAUUUAUGUACACUUGACAUUUCAAAUUAAAGUCAAUGCAAAAUAGAUGGACAAGAUUUAUUCUAAUAAGCUGGCUGCACUUGUCCUGAGGGUUAGUAUUUUGAUAUUCAUUCUAAUAAAUGUGUAAACUGCCUCUAUUAUUGUAAAUCUUGCCAAACACCUUUCACUUGCGAUACCUAUUUAUAUUCUUAAAAUCUUAAAGGUUAAUGCGAUUAAAAUAGCUUUGACAAUGAGACAUAGUGCAUAUCCAACUAUUUAAAUAUUUUAAGUAGAUAAAAUUAAAUGUUUUUGAUAGAUAGUAAUUAAAUAUUUUGCUCAACUUAAUCAAAUAUCUAUAUCUUGUAAAAUUUUAUGGUGAGAGACAAUGCUUUACGGUUAGGAUGGGAAUCGAAUUCUUUUUUUUUUACAUUAAAUUUUAAUUUAAAGAUAUCUUAAUUAAAUUAACAAAAUAUUUACACAAUUUGCUAUCUAAUGAAUAAAAAUACUCACAUUUUCUCUCUUAUUUCAUAAUUUAAUUCAUAGAAUAAUUUAUAGCUUAAGCUUAUUGUAGAUAACAAUGAUAUUAUUUUAUAAGCUUAUAUAGAAGCAGAUACCGAUACUUGGAUUGGGUUUUAUUAUGAUUCUCUUGGGAUAAAUUUAGCUUUAAAAUACAAGUACUAGUAAAUUUCAUAUUAUAGAAUCAGUAGAAAAAAUAUAAUAAAAUAUAACCUCGAUGACCCAUACUUAAUUAUUGGAAUCUAAUCUCCAUUAUUUUAAAACGGAUAUCCUCUUUGUGGAUUGAUAGGAGAUAAUAAUUGGAUUAUUAAAGGUGAUAAUAGCAUGAGAAACUUUUUUAAUGAGCUAAUUUAAUUUUCAGAAAUAGACACGAAUAUGAUUGUCGAUUUUAAUUUAUUGGAUUACUAACUUGAAUUACAGUAAAAGCAAUUAGCACUUUCAAAUAGAGGAGACUCUUCACUUACUCUUAAUUUUAUUAAUAAUAAUUAUGUUUUUGAUGAUCAAAUUGGAAUGAUGAUGACACCCCAGAAUGAAAGUAUUAUAAGGUUAGGAAAUAAAAUCAAUUAAGUACCUUUCUCUUUUAUGCUUUAAAUAAAACCAAUUGAUUAUAGCUAAUGUGGAAAUUACUAUUUCAACAUUUUAACUUUUGUACUCUCUAGCAAUGCAUAAAUAAUAUUUAGAAUAAAGACCGAUCAAUAUAUAAGAUAAAAAUAUUAUUUAGAAGUAUGUACUUACGAUUAUAACUGCAAGAGAUUUUAAAAGUCUAAAAUCAAUUAUUCUUAGCCAAACAAUUUAUUUUUUAAAAUUUCAUAUCUGGAAUAUUCAAGCUCUUUAGUAAUAGUUAAAUUUAAUUUAGUGAGUAAUUAUAUAUCUGAUGAAAUAGAAAUGUAGUUGCCAUUUAUAACAAGUGGCAAUCCAAUAUUUUAUGAUAUUAAACUAGGUGAUCAAUAUUCAAAUUUCUAUCUAAAGCCAUUAUCAAAUAAUCAUCCGAUUUUCUUUAGUAGGAUAUAAAUUUUUUUAGGUGGGUUUUAUUAUUUGAGCUACGAUAACAAAGAUCCAUGUUUUAUAUACAUAAAUCGUAGAAAUAUGACAUGCAUUUACCCAAAAAAAGACUAUGUAAUUAAGGAUGGUAUUGCAAUACCUAAAAAUGACUGCAAUAAAAACAAUAAAUUAAAUGAUUAACUUCUAUACUAUAAUGAAAACACUAAAACCUGCUAAAACUCUGGUUUAUUUAUACCAAACUGUGUAAAUAUAAAUAUUUAAACAAAGUUAUGCAUUUAAUGCAUUGAUAACAAAAUGGUUCUACCUAAAUGCUAAUGUCCUGAUGGAAUGUUUUUAUAAUAGGACUCAAAUUCUUGUAAAUAUUGCUCUUCAUAGUGCUUGACUUGUGCUUAAACUUAAAAUAAUUGUCUUACCUGCAAAAAUAGUUUAUAAAUACCGCCUUCAUGCAAGUGUCAGUAUAAUGACUAUUAUUUAGACUCAGAUAAUAUUUGCAGAUAAUGUAAUUCUAAUUGUUCUUCAUGUAAAGAUCGUCCAGAUUAUUGCUUAACAUGUAGCUAAUUUAGGAUAAAUCCUCCUCAAUGUAACUGUAAUCCUGAUUUGUACUACCUUGAUUAAAUUACCAAUAGUUGCCUUCCUAAAAUAUGUCCCAAUAAAUGUAAACAAUGUAAUCAAAAUAAUUAGUGUACUCAAUGCAGAGGAGAUAGAUUAUAUCCUCCUGAUUGUAAUUGUGGCGAAGGAUUUUAUGAUGAUCCAUCGCAAGAAAAUUGUUAAAAGUGUCAAGAAGGAUUCUAUUAUGAUGUAGUUUAGAAAAAGUGUGAAAAAUGCUUUUACUCAUGUGCUACUUGCUUUGGUAAUUUAAAGUUUAAUUGCAACAGCUGUUUAUUUAACUUAAAACUAACUGAAAAUAAUGAAUGUGUUUGCCCUAACAAUUUAACUAUGCCAAUAAACUCAAAUUAAUGCUACUCACUCAUGAAGAUAUAAUUUAAUCAAUAAUUUGUCAACAAUUAAUAUUAACUUGUAAUUAAAUUUGAUUAUCCAAUAGAUUUAUUACCAUAAAGAAUAUAAGGUUAAGGAAUAAAUAGUUUAUUCUAAUUGUAAAUAAACUAGUUAAACAAUAAUCUUUACUAAAUUUAAAGAUAUUUUAUCUCAGAAAAUAACUAGUAAUUAACAAUUAUCUUACAAAUACCUAAUAAUAUUUAAAAAACAGAUGGCUAUUUGCUUUUUUAGCAGACAUAUUUUUUUUAUAAUAAAUAAUUUAUGUAUGCCCUAGAUCCGAUUUACAGUAAGAAACCCUUGAGUUUUGUGAUUGGUCCAUUCUUUUAAAAUACAACUUUCAAAUACCUAUUGAUUAAAUAUCUAUAGAAAAUUAGUAAUUUGUAAGCUUAACAAAUAAAUUUCAGAUAAUAUUCUAUAUAAUAAAUUCAGUUUAACCUACUGCUAUGUUCUUGCUUCUAGAUGUUUAGUAUCCACCAAAUUUAUAUUAGUUUUUGGCUUGUUUUGGAAAAUAAGUCUUUAGGCAUGUUGAAGAUAGCUAAUCUUUUGUUUAAAAUAAAAGUUAUUCUUAUUUGGGAAUAAAUUUAAAUUAAUAUGUUUAAGGAAGCUCAAAAAUACAAUUAAAUAAAUUAGGAUUUAGCAACUCAAUAUUUAUUAAUUGCGAAUUGA